AUGUCUGAUCAACGCGACAGUAUAGCAGAAUCAUUCUCGCAGUACGGCCAUGACAAGAUGAACUCUGACGAGGCAAAGCCGUCCUCGUCAUCCAGAACGUCAAGUUCGACGGCUUCCUGGAAAAGGAGAGUCUCAACCGCCUGUCUGGCGUGCAAAAAGUCGAAGCGGAAGUGCUCAGGUACCGCACCAUGUGAGAAUUGUCGCACUUUCCAUCGCGUCUGCAUCUUCGACGAGUCCCUCGACCAGCGCCGGCGCGUCGCUGCCAAACGUACCGCCGACGAGUUAUCCUACCACCGAGAUCUUCUCAAUGACAUCUUCAAGCUGGUCCGCGAAGCAGACGAGACAAAAGCACUCGAUCUGCUCGAGAUCAUCCGUCACAAUGCCUCGCCAGACGAACUUCGCGCCUUCAUCAACGACACGCUCUCCGGCCUGGACACGUCGUCUAGUCGUACCUCGGCAGAUGCCGCGUCUAAGUUAGAGAGCAUGCGAGAGUUGAUCAAUGUUGAAGGAACGACACCUGUGUUUCGGCGUAAAGUCAUGGAUAUUCACUACUUGUGUGACGAGGCCCCGAUCAAGGUUCCUGCGCGACCGUGGACCCAGGUCACUGGGGAUGACGACCUGGUCUCGCAUUUAGUUUCGUUAUACUUUACGUGGGAUUAUCCGUUCAAUGCGUUUUUGGAUAAAGAUGUGUUUUUGAAGCAUAUGGUGAAUGCGGAUCCGGGCAGUCAGUUUUGCAGCCCGUUUCUUGUCAAUGCUCUAUUGAGUAAUGCAUGUUACUUUUCCGAAUUUUCCGAGGCAUACGUCGUGCCAGGAGACAUUUCCUCCAAGGGCUGUGAUUUCCUCGCAGAGGCGGAAAGGUUGAGGAGCGAGUUGCCGUUACAGCCCAGUUUGACGACCCUCCAAGGGUUGUUGCUAUUAUAUGAGAGAUACGCCAUGUCUCGCGACGAUGAUCUCGGCUACGUGAGGCUCCACGAUGCGAUUCGCAUGGGCGACACGCUCGGCCUGGUGGGCAAUGCAGGGCCCAAAAUUACCUCGGAACAACUAUCCCAGGACAUGGACAUCUCAUGCAGACGUACGGCUUGGGGAUUGUUCAAUGUUGACACAAUGAUCCAUACGGGCUUCCUUCGUCCCAGUCUCAUCAAUCACGUCAACAUGCGACGACUGGACAGGGACCACAUGCUUGAUCAGUCCGACUGGAUGCCCUAUCCAUCGCAUCGCGACACGAGACCCUCAUAUUUUAGUCUGUACUUUGACGAGUCCUGCAAUUUGUCCACGAUCUCACGCGACAUUUCACGGAGCAUGUUUGCAUCUCGCUCGAGUAUCCUGAAUCCGCAACAGGAGCAAAGUCGCGAUGUGUUGUAUGACAGAUUGCAACGAUGGCACGAGAUGCUCCCCGAGAUUUUUGAAUGGGAGAAGAUCCCACCAUAUUUGAUGUUGCUAAAAAUGCGCUACAAUGCCCUAAUCAUCAAUCUAUUCAGCUGUUUCCCGGGCAGUGAUCCCUCCAGCAGCGCACCCUCCGACGAACCGCAAACCCCCGAAAGUCCUCCGCCGCCAUCACCAGACGACCACGUCCCCUCCAAGUACAACUCCAUCGAGCUCACCCAAACCGCCGCCCGCACCAUCGCCCACCUCGCCCGCAUCCACCGCCGCGAAUUCGGCCUCCAUCGCGCCCACCACUUCGCCCUCUACACCAUCAAUCUCGCCCUGUUCGCCAUGAUCGAGCACCCGGCCUUUGACGUGCUCGACCCGGAUUUCCUCUCGCUCGUCAGCGCGCUCUCCGUCGUGGCCAGCCGCUCCGCGCUCGGCCGCAAUUUGUUCCAUCUGUUCCGGCAGUCAGUGCGCGCCAAGGCGCAGGGCGGCCGAGUGCGGGACUCAAAUUGGGUGUCGGACGAGCUGAAGGAGGUUUUGGACGAGAAGGCUGGGUCGAGAGGUCACGGACGGUUUGAUGAGUAUGCGAGUGGGUUGGAGAAGUUGAACGAGAAGGAGAAGUAUCAUGGGAUUCCGGGCCGGGGGGAAGGGUAUGGGAUCCAGGGGUAUCCUGGGUUGGGGCUGAGUGACAUGUUGGAUCGGUAUGAGAGUUUGAGUCUCGGGAAGGAUGAUGUUUUCUCGGAGAGGAGGAGGAGAAGGAGUCGAGUGGUUGGGUUUGAGUGA